CGGAGGAAAAAUCAUUAUCAAACACCCUACAAUAAUAAGAGGGAACUGUCGCUGGGCCUGUUCUUCCUGUCUCAACUUGCCACAUUUCAUGCCCCCAAUUCUCUGUCCCGGUUCUUCUCUCCUUUGAAUUCUUCCACAACUACCAAUAAACCUUAACUGGUUUUGAUUCAUUGAUUCUUGACUUUCUCACUGAUCUUUUUUAUAUAGAUUUACCUUUCUCUUGUCAAAGAAACCAAGAAAAAAUAUAUGUUUCCCGCCAUUUCCUCUCCGGAUUCUUCAGAAUCCGUCUUUUUUCUCCACUGGGUCAUGCUUUGUCCACCUUUUUCUACGAUCUUGCUCCUUGGUUCUUCGUAUUUUGCUCUCUUUUCAUGAUUUUCUGGACCUUCCGAGUAGCUUCAAUUUUUCACUUUUGAGCUUCAUUUCUUCAAAAAUUUUUGGCUCCUUUGCUUAAAAUUAAAAUUAAAAAAAAAAAAAAAAAAAACCCAUCUGUGUUUUGGUUUCUCUCUCUAGGGGUUUAUACCAAAGCAACAAAAUCAGAUUGCUCACAUUUUUCCAAGAUUCCCUUCGAUUCUUAAAAGUACUAGGAAUUAUGGAAACUCUCUAUCCAGCUUCGUUUAUGUCAAACUCCAAUCGGUUUGUCCAAGCGAGCCAGAGCACAGAAUGGACUAGAGAAGAAAACAAGAAGUUUGAGAGAGCGCUUGCUAUAUACGACGAGAACACUCACGACCGAUGGACAAAAGUGGCGGAAAUGAUCCCGGGAAAGACGGUGUGGGAUGUGAUCAAGCAGUACAAGGAGUUGGAAGAUGAUGUCAGUGAUAUAGAAGCAGGGCGGUUUCCGAUUCCCGAUUACCUUAUCUCUUCCUUCACAAUGGAGUUGUUUGAUGAUCGCAAGUUUGAUGCCCAUAGAAGAAAAUCUUCAACAGCUCGUGGUCCUGAUCAGGAAAGGAAGAAAGGAGUGCCAUGGACAGAAGACGAACACAGGCGCUUUCUGAUGGGGCUUCAAACCUACGGUAGAGGGGACUGGAGAAAUAUCUCCCGGAACUAUGUAAUCACCAAGACUCCAACUCAAGUGGCAAGUCAUGCUCAGAAGUACUUUAUAAGGCAGCUUUCAGGGGGGAAAGAUAAGAGAAGGCCAAGCAUCCAUGACAUCACAACUGUCAGUCUCACAGACACCACACCGGAAAAUAAUAAACCUCUCCCAUAUGAUCAGUCUUUUGUGCUUCCACUUCAGCAAAAGCCAACCAGCGCUCCAAGAAUGUCACUUGACUGGAAUCAACCUCCCAAUGAAGCAGUCACGGUUUUCGACUUAGCUGGUGGAAACCUUUUAAUGUCAUCUCCAUAUGACUUUAAAGCACAAGGGCAAAAUCUGUAUGGCAGUGCUCAUUAUGGAACUCAUACCAAGCCGCACAAUUCGAUGUUUCAAUUCCAAUCCUCAAGACAUCAAAUACCUGGAUGAGGCAGCUAUCAUGCAUGUUUUAACAAGUCUAGGCUGAUCAUGUUCAGUAUAGUUUCACUGUCAGUGCUUUUGUGAUGGUUUUUCUGUGUGAUCGCCUGAUUGAGGGCUUAAGUUUCAUUGUUUUUGAACGAUGCAAAAGGAGAAAAUAUUAUAAUGAUUCAAAUGUCA